AUGUCGCCGCUUUGCAAAAGAUUGAUCAUUUGAGGCUCUUGAUGCUGCGCAGAGCGGCCUUUGCGUUUCAGGUGCUUUGGCUAAUAAUUAAUAGAUGUGAAGAGGCGCGGUGUGGUGGGUUCACAGCUGGCUGACUGGCUGCACUCUGCAGUUCAGUCACUGAUAGCCUCCAAGUAUGGUUAGGACAAGAUCAGAGUCAGAAAUUGGACACUGAGGGUCAGUAUAGACAGGUAGCUACCAUGAGUGGUUGGGUCGUCGUCCUCACAUUUCUCGCCUUCACCUCCACGGCCGCAAAACCCAACGCUGGUUUGAAAACGUGGGGACGUUUCAGUAAACUGCCCUACCCCGGUGACAAGGCUUUCCUCUACGAUAACUUCCCCAGCAAUUUCAUAUGGGCGGUGGGCACGGCGGCGUACCAGGUGGAAGGCGCGUUUGAGAAGGACGGCAAGGGACUCUCCAUUUGGGACACUUUUACGCGCGGUGGGAACCGAAUGGCCACCGGAGACGUGGGCAGCGACAGUUACCACAACAUCCACGCUGACAUCCGAGCCAUCAGACAGCUCGGUGUCAGCCACUACAGAUUUUCACUGUCCUGGGCCAGGAUAUUUCCCAACGGCACCCGCGGGAGUUACAACGAAGUCGGCACCAACUACUACCGGACGCUGAUCAAGAAGCUGAAGGAGAUCCGUGUCCAGCCGGUGGUCACCCUCUAUCAUUGGGACCUGCCCGAUCACCUUCAGCAGACCUUCGGCGGCUGGAGUAACCCGGAGCUUGUGGAGAUUUUCAAGGACUACGCCGAUUUUUGCUUCCAGAUUUUCGGGGAUGAUGUGAAGUACUGGAUCACCAUUGAUAACCCGUUUGUGGUGGCGCGGCAUGGCUAUGGCACCGGAGUCGUCGCUCCCGGGAUUAAGAACGACCCCGAUCUCCCAUUCCGGAUUGGACACAAUCUGAUCAAGGCUCAUGCAGCUGCAUGGCAUCUUUAUGAUCGCCACUACCGACCCCGUCAGAAGGGCAAGCUGUCCAUGGCGCUGGCCUCUCACUGGAUCCAGCCCAGUCGCACCCGUCUGGAAAGCCUGCGCGAAUGCCAGUGCUCCCUGGACCACGUGCUGGGCUGGUUCGCACGGCCACUGUUCACUGAUGGAGACUAUCCUCCCUGCAUGAAGGCGAGGCUGGGCUCACGGCUCCCCUCCUUCACUCAUGAGGAGAGGGCGCAGGUGAAGGGAACGGCCGACUUCUUCGCGCUCUCUCACGGAGCGACCCUCAGCUUCCAGCUCAUCAAUGACAGCCUGAAGUUUGGGCAGCAGGAGGAUCUGGACCUGAGGAUGUUGCUCUACUGGGUCAACGCUGAGUACGACAAGCCGUCCAUCUUUGUGGUGCAGAGUGGUUGGUAUGUGCUCGGCAGUACAAAGACAGAAGACCCAAAACACAUGUACUACCUGAAGAGGUUUAUAGCAGAAGCACUUAAAUCGAUUGUCAUAGAUGGAGUGAAUGUGAUUGGAUACACAGCCUGGUCUCUGAUAGAUGGCUUCGAGUGGCACAGAGAAUACGGGAUACGACGGGGGCUUUACUAUGUUGACUUCAACACUCCUGAAAUGAAGAGGGAGCCAAAGACUUCUGCCACCUUUUACAGGAACGUCAUCCACAGGAAUGGUUUCCCAGAACUUCCAGAGAACAGACCAGCACAGGGAGUGUUCCCAUGUCGUUUUACCUGGGGUGUAUCUGCCAACUCCAUACAGGUGGAGACUAUGCCCAGCCAGUUUACUGACCACAGCGUUUAUCUUUGGAAUAUCUCCAACAACGGAGAGCUGGUGAAGCUGGAGGGCAUCAGUGCACCACCUUUACACCGACCCACACACUGUGCUGACUACGUCAGCAUCCUACACCAGGUAGAUAGAAUCCGGCAGGUGGGGGUGAACCACUUCCACUUCUCUCUGAACUGGUCGGCUCUGGUACCCACGGGUGACGCGGCUCAGCCUAACACCACUCUGCUGGGCUACUACCGCUGCUUCACCCGUCAGCUGCAGCAGGCCAACAUCACGCCUGUCGUCACACUGUGGCACCACACACGCCAGCGCGGCAACCUGCCAGCCACAUUGGAUAACACCAACAAGUGGCUGAACAGGGAGACCCCACAGGCCUUUGCAGACUAUGCCAGACUUUGUUACAGAGAACUGGGUGCCCAUGUGAAAAUGUGGAUCACCUUGAAUGAGCCCAAUGAUGAGAUGGUCAGCUACCAGGAAGGUCAUCAGAUGUUACGGGCGCAUGCUCUGGCCUGGCGUGUUUAUGACCGUGAGUUUAGACAUGCACAGGGAGGAGAGGUGUCUCUGGCUCUGCACAUGGACUGGGUGGAACCAGCCUUUUCAUUCAGCCGUCAAGACGUGGAACCAGCUAAAAGGGUUUUAGACUUCCGGGUUGGCUGGUUUGCAGAGCCGAUCUUCGGCAGUGGGGACUAUCCUGUGGCCAUGAGGAGCUGGCUGCGUCAGCUCAACUCACUUGACCUGCCGGUUUUCAAUGAAGAGGACAGAGAGCUGGUUAAAGGAACGUAUGACUUCUUUGCCAUUAGUCAUUUCAGUACCAAGUUGGUAACACAUGCCAAGGAAGACUCGUAUACCUACUCAGCAAUGCUAGAGGUUCAACACAUGAUAGACACCACAUGGAUCAGGUCCCCGAGGCCUGUUGUCCCCUGGGGCUUGAGGAAGGCCCUCAACUGGGUGAAGGAGCACUAUAGUGACGUACCUGUCUAUGUGAUGGCUAAUGGGGUCCAGGAAAACCAAGCCCACUUCAAGGACAGCCUAAGAGUCUAUUACCUGUACAACUACAUAAAUGAGGCGCUGAAAGCAUAUGCUCUGGACGGUGUAAACCUGAAGGGUUAUUUUGCUUACGCCCUGAACGACCAAAGGGACCCUGGGUUUGGCUUGUAUGGCCAAGUCCAAGACGAGGUCAUUGUCAAGGCCUCUCUCUCCAACUAUCGCAACAUCAUCCAGCACAAUGGCUUCCCCAUUCAGGGAGCGGCGCCCCAGCAGUGUCCCAGCGCGCCUCAGCCCUGCCUGGGCUGCAGUGUGCUGGUGAAGAGGCCUGUAGUGGGCUUCCUGACUCUGGUGGGUUCAGGGGUGCUGAUCACCCUGGGCAUCAUCAUCUACUACACAACCAAGAAACGCAAGGAGUGUUACUGACGAUCGUGACUGUAGGAUUUGUUUCGUGUCUUUAUAAAUGUGUCAAGAAAGAAACUGAACUUGAUGUUCAGUGUAGUUUGUCAGCUUUUAUAGUUCUUUUGACUUAAUGUUAAAUGAAGUCUGAAUAAGUACGAAGUGGUGAAAGCAUCAUGUUGCAUGCUUUGCUGACACUGCCAUUUUCACGUAGAUUCCAAAGUGGAGGAAACCUCUGGACGGUACACUUGACUG